AUGGGCGUGUCAAGCUCGAUCCAGCCAGCAUGGCCAUCUUGGCAGUGGCCCAGGGUCUUUGGAACGUCUCCCGUGCUGAGCCCUGGAAUGUUCCGCAUCUUUCGCGGUCUUAUGGCCGCCGUGUUCGUGGGCCACCAGAUCUGGCAUGCAUGGGAUGCCAUCGUCCUUCGCGAGCACGGCUGGUACUACUUGAUAUUUCUCACGACAUGGUCACUGUUUCUGGAGACCUUGAACAUGGUCCUGAUGUUCAUUUUGGCCCUGAUGGCUUCUGAAGCGCCGGAGCCCAACGAAGAUGCGGAAUUUCAGAAAGAAUCCGAGCCGCUCCUCGCUCGCGUCUCCAUGGUCAUCUUCUCGAUUUCCCAGCCAGUGUCCAUGGGUGUCGCCGUCCUAUACUGGACCCUUCUCACGCCAAUUUGGGACGUUUGGGCGGGAGUGGAGCCAGUACCCUCCUACUUAUCGAUGUUCGCGCACGGGAUCGACUGGAUCUUGAUGUUCAUGACGUUCUUUGCCUGCCGCGUCCCCUUCACCUGCUCCCAUGUGGGCUGGACCACGCUCUUUGCCGUGCUGUACGCGGCGUGGAGCUACCUCCACCACGUGCUGCGCAUCGGCAAAUCGUGGACGUGUGAAGGGUAUGAUGACCCUGCCGACUGCCCAAUCUACGACGUGCUUGACUGGAACGAUCCACAGAAGGCUGGAACGAUCACCGGCGCCGCCGUUGUGGGAGUGGGACUGCUCAUUCCCUGCGUCUACGUCCUCCUUGCAUGGUUGCGCGACCGCUGUGACAGCCGAGCAGACCUCCAACAGAUUGAUGAGGAGCGCCAGAGGGAGAAGCUCCUGCUCCAAAGCGACGACGAGAUCAAUGUAACGAGCAGCAGAAGAAAUGCCUGCGCUUGCCUGACGUGCGUUUAA